ACUUCCGCUAUUUUGUAGUCUUGUUGACAUCCUGGCUGACAUCCGUGACACUACUCCGUAUUCCCUGGGCGUAUGUCAGCGGCGGAUGAUUCCGAUUGUUAAACACUGUGUCUGUGAGGGUCGGUGUGUUGUGAGGUCGGGUGCAUGCGGAGAAGGACGCUCGGCUUGUGAGGGUUUAGUGACGCUGCAGGGCGAGCAUGGAGUCGCUGGUCCGGAUGCUUCUCGGUGGGCUGCUGGUGGAGGUGUGCAGCGGGGUCUCAGCGAACCGAGGGGGAUACCAAACGUUCACGGAUGAGAUCCCCUUCAAGAUCUCUUGGCCUGGUUCCGAGUACACUCUGCCCACAUCAGGUGCACUCUACAAUGAAGAUGACUUUGUCAUUAUGACCACAACGGAGAAAGAGAAAUAUAAGUGUCUCCUGCCUUCCCUUGCAUCGGGAGAUGGGGAUGAUGAUAAAAUGUACAAGGGGCCUACACCUGGAGUCCUGCUAGAACCUCUCUUCAAGCAGAGCAGCUGCUCCUACAGAAUUGAGUCAUACUGGACUUAUGAAGUCUGCCACGGGAAACAUGUAAGACAGUAUCAUGAGGAAAAGGAGACCGGGCAGAAAAUCAGUAUUCAAGAGUACUUCUUGGGCAUCAUGACGGAGACGGAAAAAGGCAGUGAAGCAGAAGAUGUCAGCGCUGAGAACGAGAAAGAGGUGCCCACCAGGAACAUCGAGGGCCAGUUCACGCCCUACUACCCCGUGGGGAUGGGCAACGGCACGCCAUGCGUGCUGAAGCAGAACCAGGCGCGGGCCACCUCCGUGAUGUACGUGUGCCAUCCCGAGGCGAAGCACGAGAUCCUGUCCAUCGCCGAGGUCACCACCUGCGAGUACGAGGUGGUGAUCCUCACCCCGCUUCUGUGCAACCACCCCAAGUUCAGGUUCAAGUCGUCGCCGGUGAACGCCAUCCUGUGCCAGGCGCUGGCGGGCUCCCCGCUCCGCCCCCAGCAGCUCACCAAGCUGGACACGGCCCAGCAGGAGCAGCUCAAGCCCCCCUUCUCCUCGGUGCUGGAGGCCCGCGAGGCCCGGGAGGUCCGCGGCGAGGUCCGGGAGGUCCGCGAGGUCAUCGAGGUGAGGGGGCUCGACACUUCCCCAGUGAGGGAGGAGGCCUUCUCCUCCACCCACAAGCCCAUCACGGUGGGGGGCUCGUCCCAGGUCACCGUGGGGAGCACCCACAUAUCCCGGCUGACCGACGACCAGCUCAUCAGGGAGUUCCUGAGCGGCUCGUACUGCCUGCAUGGGGGAGUGGGCUGGUGGAAGUAUGAAUUCUGUUACGGGAAACACGUGCAUCAGUACCAUGAGGACAAGGAGCAGGGGAAGAACAUUGUGGUGGUCGGGAGCUGGAACGCCGACGAGCAUCUGGAGUGGGCCAAGAAGAACGUGGCGCGCUCCUACCAGCUGAAGGACGACGACCUGCAGAAAGUCAAGCUUGUGUCUCACUUCUAUGGCCACGGGGAUUUGUGCGACAUGACGGGGAAACCCAGACAGGUCGUGGUCAAGCUCAAGUGCAAAGAGUCCGAGUCCCCCCAUGCUGUCACAGUGUACAUGCUGGAGCCCCAGACAUGCCAGUACAUCCUGGGGGUGGAGUCCCCGGUCAUAUGCCGGAUCCUGGACACGGCGGAUGAGCACGGACAUCUGUCCAUCUCCGCCUGAGAGCCAGACCGCCCAGACCGCUGCACCCGGGCGGGGGGCUGCUGAAAGGGGAGAGCGGGGGUCCUUCCUUAACACUGUCGGACGGUGGAGGAGGAAGGGAGACCGUGGAAAUAGACACCAAGAACAGGGGGGGCCGGAACACAACCUCCGGCAGACGGGGGCUGAAACCCUGCCUCGACGUAAAACCAGGACCACCGUCCAAGCCGACCAAGAACAACCCCCCCCCGGUCGGUGUCAUGGGACUUGUUAUUUUAAAGCCCAGGGCAGCGGCCAGGACAACGGCUGACUUUGGCCAAACCAGAACUCAAGAUGGAGACUCACAGGCAAUGGACUUCAUGCUGCUUCAUAUAUUUGCUUUCCUGUGCGGGGCCAGAGAACUCGAAAGACUGAUGAGGAUUAUGCGUUAUUAUCUUCAGGAAUUGCAACAUCUUUUGCAUUUUAGUUCUUGGUGUGUGGGUAAUUAGAGUUCAUUACAUGUUUGUCUGUGUCACUUUACGGUUGUAGAUUUAAAAAGCCAAUAUCUGAAAUUUCUUUAACUGUGAGAAUGGGUGCUAUGCCAUCUUAGUGGGUGAGUGUGUAACUUAUAAGCUAGCUUGUGCUUUGAGUGUUUGAUUUAAAUGUCACUUCUGGUCAAUUAUAUUUUCUUUUCUGCAAAAAAAAAGUUCAGAUCAACAACAAAUUAUAGAAAAAUCUCCUUUUACAAAAUGAAUGAUAUUAAAGUGAAGAAAGUGAAA